GGCAAGCGGGGUCCCGGGUCGGGUCUAAGGCACAGGGGGCGGCUGGAGCCACUGGGUGUGAGAGUCUGGAGACUGGCAGAGCAGACAGCCUGACAGUUGGCUUCCCGGGCGCUGGUGCCCCGCCCUCCAUGGUAUCUGGACCCCAAAAUGGUUACAGGGUAGGGGAAUGUAGGAGAAAUGUGGUAGUGUAAGGGGCAUCCAGGGAGCCCACGGAUCCAGGGGAGGCGGCUGCAGGAGAAAUGGCGGUGCUGGAAUGGUGGGGGGCAAGAGUCCUCCCGUGUGGUGCAGGGAGGGUGUCCAGCUCUGGGACAGCUCAGCUGGCGGGUGGUGAGUCGCCUGGGCUACUAGGGUUCUGAUCUGUUUCCGGAGAGGGACCCUUGUACCCUGCGUCCUGGGUGCUGUCCCUUCCCACAGGCUCCUGCUUGAUGGCAAAGUCUCCUGUCUGCGUGGUAGGUCUGGCAUAUUCUGACAGGCCACAGUGAGCAUCUGUAAACCAGAGUCUUGAGGAAAGAGGAACAGGAAAAUGGCGUGGAUUUCUGGAGGUGUGUGACAGUGGGAUUGGGCACCAGACACUGAGUGGAGAUGCGAAAAGUGUGGGGGUGACAGAUCAGAACAGGUGGGGCAUCCAUUAGUGUCUCCUAAUCUCAUUUUUCACAGCCUUGCAGGUACUUUCCCCAAUGUCCUUCCACUCCCUCCCUCCCUCCCUCAUUCCUUCCCUACGUCCCAAAUUUGGGGUCUAAAAAGGUGGUUUGGGGAUGAUGACGGAGUCAUAAAUCCAAGGACCACUUCAGAACCUGCUUUCUAGAAUGUGCUGUGCCCUUCCCCAAUUUUUUGCUGCGCAAGGCAAGGAAACAUGGCCACCUAGUGGUGAAUCAUCACAAUUGCAGAAGGACUAAUGAGUAUGACAUCAGGGAGGGGGUGUUACUUCAGGAACCCUGCAGCCAGGCAAAAUAAAUCUAGAACGUUCCAGCAGUAGGACCCUGAAUGACGAAAGACACAUGAUCUGCUUCUUACCCUUGGUGGUGUUCUUCUCCACGAGAUCAGCUGCUGCCAUCAUUUCCCGAUUGUCUUGCAUUUUCAUCUCUUUGUCCACAGGCUUGCUUUAAGGCUGGUCAAUUCUGAGAGAAAGGAAAGAAGGCAUCGAGGAUACUGUCUCAAGAUCUGUGGAGGCUUGCUUUAAGGCUGGUCAGUUCUGAGAGAAAGGAAAGAAGGCAUCGAGGAGACUGUCUCAAGAUCUGUGGAGGGUUGCUUUAAGGCUGGUCAGUUCUGAGAGAAAGGAAAGAAGGCAUCGAGGAGACUGUUCCAAGAUCUCUGGAGGUUGUCAAAAAUCAGGGGCAGCACAGGAGCCAGGACUCCCCGCCAUCAGCUGUUGGUCUUAACAUCACUUGAACGCAUAAAAAGGAGGGAGUUGCACCACAUCGGUGAAGAUCACCUGCAGUAGCUGCUUGGCAGUGCUGGGGUUGCUGCUGACCAGUGCAGUCAACAGAUCUGCGCCCACCUAGGACCUGUCCAUCUUCCUCCGGCUUGGCCUCGCCUCUUCUGAACUGCGUCUGUGUUAUUGACUGAGAUUGUGCUUGGGUAGGAAUCUUAUUGGUUCCAGACUGGUGGUUUAUUCCUGGUACUCACUCUGUCUCUUGGGUCAUCUAAAGAGCAGAGUGUGAAGACACAGCAUUGUGACAGAUCUCUUGUUGACACUGAGGCUUUGGUAGACAUUCUUAAUUGAGCCUUCUCUCUAAUUUGUACCAUGACUGGGGCAGACAUUGAGACUGGUUCUCAGUCCAAGCCUGAUAAGAAGCCUCAGGAAGAGGUUAUGGGUGGGGCUGAUAGGGAGAGUGAAGUCCCUCUGGUGGUCAGACCCAAAGUCAGACCCCAGGCUCCAGCAACAAGUGGAGCAAGGCCCAAAACUGAAACUAAAUCUUCUCGGGCAAGGCCUAAAACUGAAACCCAGUCAUUGUCUGGAACAAGACCUAAAAAUGAUGUGCAGGCAAUGGCUGGAGCAAGGCCUAGAUCUGAGGCCCAAGUAAUGACUGGUGCCAGGCCCAAAACUGAUGCCAGGGCAGUAGGUGGUGCUCGUCCUAAGACUGAGGCCAAGCCAAUCCCAGGAGCAAGGCCUAAUGAUGAGGCUCAGGCAUGGGCACAGAAUGAGUUUGGGGCUGAGGCAAUGCCACAGGCUGAGAGAGCACCCUUACCUAAUGCUGUCACAUGGCCACUGGUCAAUUCUGAGUCUACAUCUGUUCCUAAAUCUAAGAGUCUGUCUAUGAAUAGAGCACUGGUCAAUAUGGACAAUGAAACCUUUCCUGGGACCCAGGGCCAGGCUGGAAUCCAGCCCUGGUUUGGACCAGGAGAGCAGACUAACAUGGGUUCUUGGUGCUAUCCCAGGCCCAGAGUCAGGGAGGAGACCUCUAAUGAGUCUGGAUUUUGGUCAGCAGAUGAAUCCUCUACAAUGUCUUCUUUGUGGAGUGGAGAGGAGACCAGUAUCAGAUCAUGGCCCAGGGAAGAGGCAAAUACUAGGUCCAGGCACAGGGCUAAACAUCAGACUAAUGCCAGGUCCAGGCCCAGAUCCAAACAAGAGCCCUAUACUGAUUCUUGGUCUGGCUCUGAGGAUGAGGCAGGCAACCCAUUCUGCUUUUGGCCUGGAGAAAAUACCAAUGAGGUGAUUAGGCCCAGAGCCAGGGAAGAGGCAAAUGUGAGACCUAAGACCAAGACAAAGAGAGAGGACUAUUUUGAAUCUGAAUCUGAAGAUGAGUUCUAUAAAAAGUCCUGGUUUCUGCCUGGGGAAGAGUCUAAUAGAUUCAGGCGCAGAGAUAAAGAAGAGUCUAAUAGCAUCUUGAAAAACAGAAACCAAAAAGAUGUUAAAAACAGUGACAGGGUCAAACAAGAGUCCAGGUUUGAUGAGGAAGUCAUUAUUGGGUCCUGGUUCUGGGCAGAACAAGAGACUAAUUUUGAGGCUGAAAUUGCAGCAAUCUGUGAAUCUGAACCAGGGGCCGAAGAGGGAGCCAUUGGUGGGUCCUUGUUCUGGACCGAAGAAAAGCCCACUUUGGGAGCUGUGGCCAGAGAUGAGAUCAGGCCUGAGUCAGAGGAAGAGGCCCUGUUUGGGUCCUGGUUCUGGGAUAGAGAUGAGGCCUGCUUUGACCUAAAUCCCAGACCUGUGUACAAGGCUAAGAGCAGGCUCAGAGAUUCUGCUGAGGAAGAGCUUAAUGUAUCAUCCAGGCCCAAAACCUGGGAUGAGGUUACUGUUGACUUCAACCCUGGGCCUUGCCAUGGCUUUGGCUUCCCUUCGACAAACCCCUUUAGAGUCCCUGAAGGGGACUCUGAAAAUGCUGAGGCAAAAGACAAGAACGUGGAACUUGGUGCAGAGGGGGAAGAGCAGGAAGCUGUGCUCCAGCCUGCUCUGCACGAGCCCGAGUUCCCAUUUCAGUAUGAUCCCUCUUACCGAUCAGUCCAGGAAAUUCGACAGCAUCUUAAGGCCAGGGAGAGUGCAGACCCUGAGAAUUGGUCUUGCAGCUGCAUACAAUGUGAGCUUAAAAUAGGCUCUGCAGAGUUUGAAGAGCUCCUUCUGCUAAUGGACAAAAUUCGUGAUCCUUUUAUCCAUGAGAUAUCUAAAAUUGCAAUGGGUAUGAGAACUGCUUCUCAGUUUACCCGAGAUUUCAUUCGCGAUUCUGGUGUUGUCUCACUUAUUGAAACUCUGAUGAAUUAUCCUUCCUCUCGAGUUAGAACUAAUUUUUUGGAAAAUAUGAUUCACAUGGCUCCACCUUAUCCAAAUCUAAACAUGAUUGAGACAUUUAUAUGCCAAGUGUGUGAGGAAACCCUUGCACAUGCUGUCAAUUCGCUUGAACAACUUACUGGAAUAAGGAUGCUUAGACACCUUACUAUAACUACCGAUUAUCACACACUGAUUGCCAAUUAUGUGUCCGGCUUUCUUACCUUAUUAACCACAGGCAAUGCAAGAACAAAGUUUCAUGUUCUGAAAAUGCUGUUGAACUUGUCUGAGAAUCCUAUGGUGGCAAAAAAGCUAUUCAGUGCCAAAGCUCUGUCAAUAUUUGUGGGUCUCUUUAACAUAGAGGAGACAAAUGAUAACAUUCAGAUUGUUAUUAAAAUGUUUCAGAAUAUCAGUAACAUUGUGAAAAGUGGAGCAAUGUCUUUAGUUGAUGAAGAUUUCUGUCUUGAGCCACUUGUCUCUGCAUUCCAUGAGUUUGAAGAGCUAGCUAAGCGACUGCAAAUCCAAAUAGACAAUCAAAAUGAUUCUGAGGAGGAUGAGUAAAGUCCGUGUGAUUAACCACCUUCCACUGAUCAGCCUUAUGUUCCCAAAGAGCCCCAAAUAGUGCUUUGGUGUUCACAGUUUGGUUGUGUUGUAACUUAUAUUUUAAUGCUAAUGUUAACUUGUCAAACUCUUAUUGUGAGCUGGAUCAUUUGUGGAUGCCAAAAUGAAUAUCAGAAGUGAUACUUGUCUUACUGUCCAGCUUGUGAUACCUUUUAGUGUUGAGCUCCCAGUGAACCAAGUCAUAUGAGUAAGCUAUCCUGCUAUUUGUUGUUUAAACAUGUGGUUCUCUACUUGAGUCUGUGUUUUCAAUAAAGUUCGAUGUUGAAAUUGG